UUUUUGCUUUAAUAAUGUGACUAGAGUUGACAUAAAGUCUUUGUCUUCUUUUCAGAAAAUGAAGUGAUCGAGGAGAGUGAGGAGGACGAUUCGGACUUGUAUGAAGCCCCUCCAUGCGAUCUGCAGAGCAGAACAUCUCACAGUAUGUGGACACCCCAGGACAACAAGAGUGUAUAUUUAGAUCAUUCUGCAGGGGGACCAAGUGUACACAAGCCUCCCUUACCAGACAGAAUUCAGCAGAAUCAUCAACGGCAGAAAACACCCCUGAAACAGGCCAGGCCUCCACCACCCUGCAAACGGGCAGUGCCUCUGCCCCUUCCUGAUCGCAGGAUGUCUCUUCCUUGCACUUCCAUAUGUUCACCACCACCAACCAUCACCAAUUUCCCUAGAGGCAUGGAUGAUUUGUAUUUGACACUUCUGGAGACUUCGGCGAAAUCACACAAAGAUGUUGGUGCAGGACGUGAAGAGAAAACUAAGCAGCGAUCAGAGAAUAUGGGACUGGAGAGUAAACCUUGGUAUGGAGGAGAGAUGGAGCGCAGAGAGGCAGAGUGGGCGCUCCGUAGAAUCAAUAAGGACGGAUGUUUUCUGGUGCGUCACAGCUCAGCACAAAAUCAGUUGCACUCAUAUACCCUGGCAGUGCUUUACCAUGACCACAUUUACAACAUCCCUAUUAGAACAGCAGGAACUCUUGGGUUCUCUUUGGGAAAAGAGGGCAAAAGGCAUGAAGAGGUGUUUCCCAGUAUUGUCCACCUGAUUGAGCAUUAUCAGCAUGAACAACUCUACUUGGUGAACCGUCAGACUUCAGAAAGAGAGUCCACUGCCUUGCUGUACCCUGCUCUCCUAUGAGACGUCCCUGCACCUGUGUCUGUUCUGGUGUUACAGCCGGAUUCCUCCAUAAAUUACUUGUACAUCACUAUUACUACAGCAGUUAGUGUUCCCCAUUCUACAGCUAGUGUAUAACCCCCACCAAUGAUAUUCAUGUUUCUAAAGCCAGAAAGUCUGAUGCCGCGUACACACGGUCGUUUUUCGGCAUGGAAAA